CGCCGGGCCGAGCUUCCCCCUUUGUCAGCCGCACCGCUCUGCGCCUCGCUGCUCUCGUUCUCGCUCGCCGGCUUCCCUCCCCACAUCCGUUCCAGGCAAUGCUUCCGCUCAUCCUCCUCCCCGCCGCGGCGGAGGCGAGGGGCAGUCCCGCCGCGCUUCCCCCGGGAAAGCCCGCCAACCUCACGGUGCUCUCGGGGCCGUCCUGGGCCUCGAUCCGCUGGAUGCCCUCUCCCGCCGAGGGCGACACGGGCGUGACCAACCACUUUGCGCUCAAGUGGCAGCUCCGCGAUAGCGACGAGGCCGAGUGGUUCCCUUAUUGGGUCGGGCCCGAGGCGCACUCGGCGACGCUGUCCGACCUGCCCGAGGGCGCCACGAUCGCCGCGCGCGUGGCGGCGGUGAACGAGCACGGGCGCGCGUGGUCUGAAUUCGUGGUCUUCAGCACGACCGAGCCGCUCCUCUGCGACGAGACGCACCUCUACCGAGGCGUGCUGGAGGACGCCGACAUCGAGCGCCUUUGCGGCGGCGCAAAGGCGCGCGCUCCCGUCGACCCGCACCGCUCGCCCUGCUCGGUCACGCACGUCGAGUACGCGUUCGCGGGCGCCGCCGCCGGGCUGAUGAUCGUCCUCCUCUCCUUUGCGAUCGUCGUCCGGACCUGCUUUGAGGGUGGCGUCUUGCCGAUCCUUAAGCCGCAGCCGUCUCUGAACGAGCCGGUGACGGCGGUGGCCGAGGGGGCGGAUCAGGCGAGCCCGCCGAUGCGCUGCUCCAUCUCGGGCACCACGAGCGCGCAGUGGCGCGACGCCGCCGACCGACGCGCGCCCUCGCCGCUGCUCCGCAAGGCUGGGCUGCUGGGCGGCUCUCGCACCCGCUCCGACUCUGCGGCGGCGGCGGAGGAGGAGACCGGCGCGCGCCCCCUUCUCACGCCGCCCGAGGGAGGGAACCGGAGGGCUGUAGAUGGCCGCCGGGGCGCCAGGGCGGACGCGGGGACCUCCGGCGGCGGCCCGCCUCACACGGCCGGCUCUGAGGGCCUAGCUGAGGGCCGGGUGAGGGGUAGAGGUAGGGCUGGCGUGGGGGGGCAGAGGUAGAGGUAAACCUGUUUGAGACCGCCGGAGGUAGAGGUAAACGGAGCCCACGUGACGGGAGGCCGCAAACCUACGUCGAAAACGACCAGCACCAGCGGCGCGUGCGGCGGGGCGCGCGCGGGCGGGGCGCGCGCGCGCGGCGCGCUCUGGCCUCUGCGCGCGCGGCCGAGUGGGAGUGCGGACGAGUUCUCUGUUCUGACCUCUAUCUACUUUUGGCUGUCGCGUUUGUGUCUUAUUAUGACGAGACCGAAAGUUGAA